AUGUUUGAACUACGCAAAUACGACACCAGAGAGGCAGCUGCUGAUUUUGUUGCUAGACAUAUUGUUGAUUCCAUCAACAAUUUCAAGCCAACAUCUUCAAAGCCGUAUGUUUUGGGGUUGCCAACAGGCUCCUCACCGGAACCGGUAUACAGCAGACUCGUUCAGCUUUACCGUGAUGGCAAAGUUUCGUUUGCAAACGUGGUUACGUUUAAUAUGGAUGAAUAUUGCGGUCUAGCCCCUUCUGAUAGACAGUCAUAUCAUUAUUUCAUGUUUGAUAAAUUCUUCAGUCAUAUUGAUAUCAAGGAGGAAAACAUACAUAUUUUAGACGGGUUGGCUGACAAUUAUGAACAAGAGUGUGCAGCUUAUGAAAGGUUGAUCAAAGAAUAUGGACCAUUUCAAAUAUUCAUGGGUGGAAUUGGUCCGAAUGGACACAUUGCAUUCAACGAAUCCGGAUCUGUUAGGAACUCGAUUACAAGAAAAGUAAAGCUCCAAGAGUCCACAAUUAUUGCAAAUUCACGUUUUUUUGGAAACCAAGCCGAGAAGGUCCCCAAGUAUGCUUUGAGUGUUGGAAUUUCAACAGUCUUGGAUCAAUCUAACGAGGUGAUCUUUUUGGUUUUCGGGGAAAAUAAAAGAGAAAUCUUGAGGAAGACUUUGACCUCUCCUGUUACAUCCGACAUUCCAAGUACCUUUAUUAAAGAACAUAAAAAUUGCCUGUUGGUUUGUGAUGAUGAUGCCUUUACGAAUUAA